CCAAAUUGUUACGCGUACAACAAGCAUGGCAGAAAGUGAAAGAAGCGGCUCCACGGUGGAUGAGUUAGUUCCAAAAAUGGGCGUGACUUCAGUAGUGUGGAAUCGGUUUGAUUACAACAGCUCAGACGUACAACAAACCACAGUAAUAUGUAAGAAGUGCAAGAAGGCUGUAACAACAAACCCAUCAAACUUACUUCACCACCUCUAGCCUGAGCACUCAAAGGAGCACAAUAACAAUGUGCUUAAAUGAUAUGCUAUUAAAAUUAAUAAAUACAAAAUUAAUAUUUUCUAUAUAUUUUUCAGUCAUUUAUCUCAAAACCACAAAGAAAUAUUGUGAUAUACUUUCAGGGCCAUAUUGCAGACCCCUAGCUGAUGAUGUUAAUUGCAUUUCUAGGUAAUAAAGAGGCAUCAGUAUUCAUUCAAGUUUUUUUCCAAACCACUUAAAACUCCACAGAAGCUUUAAAGAGAGGAAAAACAAUGAAAAUUACAAUUACAAUCGAGAGGUCAAAUCAAGCAACUCUUAGUGUAUAACAAGAGAUGAACUUCUAACACCUAAUUAACCAUCUUAUCUCUCCAUCACAUCCAUAAAAGGCAUUGUCUUUACAAUCUUACAUAACCCUUUAUUCUUUAAAGGAUCACCACAUUCCUGAAAAAGGUAUCUCCAAAUAUGAGUGUUUGACUCCAAAGAGACUACAGGAUAAUUGUUGAAGUAAAUUCAGAUCUCCUCAGAUAAACAUGGGUCAGCGGGUCAGGGGCGGUGGGGCGGUGCUGCCCAGCACAUCCGGCAAGCUCCGUGGCACGCCCAUUACUGAGCUCAUUAUCUCUACAUACCUUACCAAAAGUUCUCUGAGAGAUCCCAAAGGGGCCUCCAAAACCUUUAAUACCCCCUUUUCCUGGGUGUAUAUAAAGAAGGCAUUUGCAUCACUGCGGCAGAAUGCUGCUGCUAGACGCUAACAUUUAGGGAACCCGGACACGACACUGAGCGAUAAAGAUGACAACCAGUGCUCCUGAUAAAAGAAUCCUGCCUGCCACUGGCAGACCUGAAAAUAUCCCAGAGUAUGAUCCUAACAUCCCUGAGCCCACAUGCAGAGCUGAUCUUCUAAAAUAUUGGAUCAAGCUGUCUUUUGAUGACAAGACAGCCAAUAAGAUGUUGUGGAUCACAGAGGGUGGAACCAAGGUGUCGCGAAAGACUGAUGAUGUCACUUGUCCCGUCCUGGAUAGACCUGAGAGAUAUGAACACGCCCCCCAGGUUCUCUGCAAGGAAGGUAUCCAAGGCUUCCGAGCUUACUGGGAGGUGAAAUAUUCAGGAUGGGUGGUGGUCGGAGUAGCCUACGAGGGGGCAGGAAGGAGGGGGAGUGACGGACCAUGCGGGCUAGGAGAAAAUGAACAGUCCUGGGGUCUAGGCUGGGGUGGAUCCCACUACCAAGUGUGGUCUAAUGGCGUCAGCACAGAAAUCUGGGCUGUACCCCAGUGCUUCACCAUCGGGGUGUACCUUGACCAUCCAGCUGGUGUAAUCAAGUUUUACGCAGUCAAUGAUGUGAUGGAGGGAGAAGAGAGCGGAGGCACACAGGAGAUCAGGCUGCUGCAGCAGAUAAAAUGCUCCUUUAAGGGUAGGAUGAUGGCGGGUAUCUGGGUCGGACAAAAGUCAUCAUGUGUCUUAGUCAAGCAUGAGGAGUAGUAUAAAAUGAGUCAGAUUUCCUUUAACCAUUAUAUUACAUUUCCAUUUGAAUCUCGUUUACAAUAAAAUAAAAACUGAAACAUGUCAAAUCUGCAGAUUAUCAUAUUUUAGAAAAAUGCAUGGAUAAAAAUCUUUGUAUAUAGAAAAAU